AUGAGUUAUCAAAUGAUGAAUCAAGUUGUUCUAAAGACAAACCUUGCAGGAUGUGAUCAGCCUCAACCGGAAUUCGCAGAGGUUAGAUCCAAGAAUCCACGAAAGCCGUGUGUCCAAGCUGAAACUAAGAAACAACCAAACUCGACAAAAGGAACCAGAGCGAGGAGGAAAGUGAAAACAAAGGAACCAUUAAAACUUGAAUAUAAUGAUGAGGGUGAUAUGACAUAUCGUUGCACUCACUGUGAUGCUAAGUUUUGGUAUGGUGAACGUAUCAACAAGAAGAAGAGGUCACGCAAUCCAGUCUUCACGCUUUGCUGUAUGCAGGGACAAGUAACGUUGCCGUUGCUAAAGGAUCCUCCUCCUGAAAUUAAAAAUUUGAUUUAUGGAGAUGAUGAAUUAAGCCGACAUUAUCAGAAGCACAUCAGGCCUUACAGCAUGCUUUUUUUUUACUUCAAUGGGUGGAAGAGUUGA